AGGUUGACAUCUGCCACUGCUGUACAUCCCGCCGCCGAUUCCGAGCAUGAGCACCGAAUCUUCAAGAUCGAACCCGCCGCUGCAGACGGUCCUCCCGAUCAACUUCAUCAUUAUUGGAGGAGGCUUGGCCGGUCUAGCAUGUGCGAUAGCUCUCAAACGAGUGGGCCACCAUGCGGUGGUCCUGGAGCGAGGGACGAGGACGAGCGUGGCUUCGGACACUGGCAUUCGUAUGCCUCCAAACUGCACGAAGGUACUAUUCCACUGGGGUCUGCGGGCCAAACUUCUGGAGAAGUCGUUGGUCACCCACACGUUGCUGUUUACGAGAUAUGAGACUGGCGAAUAUCUUGGAUCCCAUGUAUGGGACCAGGGCAUUAUGAAAGAGACACGCGGACUGUACUUGCUCACCACGCAUGCAGCCGUAUACGAAGUACUAUAUGACGCUGCGAUCGCAGCAGGAAUCGAAGUGCGCUUCGCCGCAGAAGUCACAGAGAUCAGCCGUACCAGCCCAGCUGUGACGCUGUCUACCGGCGAAACUCUGUCUGCGGAUGUAAUUGUGGGUGCAGACGGAGAGUUUGGUUUGGCGCGGAAAGUCGUCGCUGGCGACCGCGCAAAAGGCACACGUGUCGGGAAAGCGAUAUACGAUUCUCAGUUUCCUACUAGCGUUCUGGAGGAGUAUGGUGCGCACCUUUCCAAAGAGAACGGAAUAGUUAGCUCCAUGGGCGAUGAGCUCGCGAUCGUAGCAUAUCCCAUCCACGGUGGAAAGGACUACGCAUGUCAAUGGUACGGGCCGGACGAUGGUCCCGAUGGGCACUACGGCGACCCGGCCGUAUCGAACGUGAAUUCGCUAGCUGAGCCUGAACAUCAAACACUGCGCUGGGUGCUCCCCACCGUGAAGCCUGCCGUCCGCCUAUCCGUACGACAGCACGAAGACCUUGAUGAAUGGAUAUCGCACGAGCCGCGCUUAGUGCUCGUCGGCGAAGCCGCACACCCGUUCCCCCCAAGCACGAUACAAGCGAAUGCAAUGGCGAUAGAGGACGGCGCAGUCCUCGCGAAGCUAUUUUCGCACCUGCAGGAGAAACGACAGAUCGUGAACUUCCUGUACGCCUUCCAGGACGUCCGGCAGGCCCGCGUCAACCACGUCCGCGCGCAGGAGUACAGCGUGCUGUACAUGAUGAUCCUGGGGGGCGACGCCGCGGAGGUGCGCAACGCGGCGAUGAAGGCCAAGGCGGCCGAGGGGAAGAACGUGCUCGCGGGCGACGACUCGAACGCGACGAAGCAGUGGGAGGAGAUGUCCGUCAUCUUCGGGUACGACUGCGAGGACCAGGCGGACGACUGGUGGGUAAAGUGGGGCAUCCUGCGCGAGCGCGCGCUGAGCGUCGACGCGAAGACGCCGGGCCCGGGCGACCUCGACUUCUCCAAGAUCGUGCGCGUGCGCUCGACGACUGUCGACGCAUGCCCGUCGGCGGCCGCUGGCAAUGCUCAGACGCCGCCCCGCGCUGACGCCAACGCGGAGUGACGUGCGCUGCGACGCCACAACACAACCUAUCCCACGCCCGCCGUCAUCUAUCCUACCAUCUCUCCAUGCGCCCCUCUCUAUCUUACGACACCCUUGGUCAGAUGCUUGGCCAGCGUGUGAUCGUUUGCGGCGAGUAUCUCACAGACGUCGUCUACGGCCGGUCACGCGAGGCAGCAAGUAGGGGGAGCCGUCCUGGAUUAGUCGUCUAAUAGUGUUACACAAGUUACUCGAAAGUGUUAUCGUGUUAAUCGUCGUUAAACUGCAGUCUACAAUGCUAUGGAUAUCAUAAUCGCG